GAAAAAAGGUACUACUCCGGUAAUCCGAUUCGAGAUGCGAUUACGCGGCACUAGAUUUCUGAUAGGAUCUUAAUUUUCGCGAGUAGUUUCAUCCGGGUUGAUCGGCCCAGAUCAGUAUGGGGAGAACAUAUGAUUACAGUCCAUCACCGCCAAGAGGUUACAGGAGAAGUCCGUCACUGCCAAGAGGUUACAGGAGAAGUCCAUCACUGCCAAGAGGUUACAGGAGAAGUCCGUCACUGCCAAGAGGUUACAGGAGAAGAGCCCGCAGUCCAAGUCCUCAUGGUCGUUAUGGAGGCCGUGCUAGGGACCUCCCAACUAGUCUUCUGGUGCGGAAUCUUAACCGAGAUUGUAGGCCUGAUGACCUCCGUAGACCAUUUGGAAAAUUUGGUCGUCUUAAAGACAUAUAUCUGCCUAGGGAUUACUACACUGGGGGCCCUCGAGGAUUUGGGUUCAUCCAAUACUUUGACCCUGAAGAUGCUGCUGAUGCAAAAUACCAUAUGGAUGGGCAGAAUUUUCUUGGAAGGGCAAUUACUGUUGUUUUUGCUGAGGAGAACAGAAAGAAGCCUUCUGAGAUGAGGGCCAGGGAAAGAGUCAGUGGCAGAAGCUGUUCUUAUGAUCGGAGAUCGCGCUCAAGGUCACCUGGAAAUUCCUACUCUCCAAGGGGUAGAUCACGGUCCCGAAGCCGAAGCUACUCACCGGCACCUAAGCGAAAGCACCAUUCAAGGUCUCGCCCUCCUCGGGAAAGAUCUGUGUCACACUCACCAGUUAACAGCAGAUCAAGGAGUGCAAGCCCCGCCCUUAGUAGGUCUCCUCGCAGGCAGAGGUCUCUUUCUGUUAGCCAGUGAAGUAGCUCAGGUUUCAAUAGUUGCUGUAACGUCGAACUGUAUAUGUUUCAGAUUCUUUUUGGUCACCUUCCUAUUGUCUUUUAGGUUCGUUAAACAUGUACGGUGUAUUCCGAAACCCUUGUUGAGUGGAUUGAGAGUGACGAACCUGGAUGCUCGUACCUGCUGACCGGCCCAUAUGAAUUGAUUUCUACUGCGUGA